AUGGAUGAUCAGUUAUUUGCCUUGGAGGUUGAGGCUAAGACUACACUGAUUAAGGUCAUGGAGAAUCAUGAAAAAAUGUGGGCUGAAAAAGCAAGGAUUAGAUGGCUGAAAUUUGGUGAUAGAAAUUCCAAAUUCUUCCACCUUUCGACAAAAAUGCGGAGGAAUAAGAAUACGAUUAGAUCACUUAAGAAGCAUGACGGCUCUAUGGUUGAUGAUCCCAUCCAAAUAGGGAACUACAUAGUUGAUUUCUAUGAGAAUUUUCACAAAGUUACCCCAACGGUUCAGCAUGAGGAAUUACUGGAUAACAUUCCCUUGAUCUUGAACCAAGCUGAUCAGUACCACUUGGAUGCCCUUCCUGGUGAUGCUGAGAUUAAAAAGGCUAUGUGGGAGCUUGAUCCAGAUAUCUCGCCUGGUCCUGACGGCUUCCCUGGGGCUUUUUUCAGAAGAUGCUGGCACAUUGUGGAAAAAGAAGUGAGCAAUGCGGUCAGAUUCUUUUUCAGCUCGAGCUAUAUGCCGCAGGGUGUGAAUAAUAAUUUCUUUGUGUUGAUUCCAAAGGUAGAUGGGGCUGAUAACCUAGGUAACUUCCGGCCCCUAUGCAUGGGCAAUUUCUUCUGCAAAAUUAUUACAAAGGUGAUGGCAUUGAGGUUGGAGCCUCUGCUUCCCAGAUUAAUAUCUGAUGAGCAAGGAGCUUUUCAAAAAGGAAAGAUUAUCCAUGAUAAUAUUACUGUUGCUUCAGAGCUUGCAAACUUGAUGUUUUCAUCCACCAGAGGAGGGGGUAUUGGCAUAAAAAUCGAUAUCAGGAAAGCCUAUGAUACAAUUGACUAG